AUGAGGUGUAAAUGUAUAAAGAGGGAUAAUAGUCAACUUACUCAACUGGAACGUGAUGUAGAAAGAUGUCUCCAAGAUAUUGAGACUUCCAGUAGUGAUGAAGAAAUGAAAGUAAUUAUACACUCUGUAACAUUCUCUACAGCAAAGGAAGUUGAUUGUGGAGAUCGCAAAGCAGUGGCGAUAUUUGUGCCAUAUGCAAUUUUCAUGGCAUAUAUUAGAAGAGUUCAAGGUCGUCUUAUUGCUGAACUUGAGAAGAAACUAAAGUGCCCAGUAGUAAUGAUUGCUCAAAGAACAAUUCUACCUAAGAAUUACCGUAAAUUUGGUUUUAAGAAUCGUCCACGUUCAAGGACUUUGACGGCUGUUCAUGAUGCACUUUUAGAGGACAUUUGUGGACCAGGUGACAUUGUAGGUAAAAGAUUACGUUAUCGUGUGGAUGGGUCGACUGUAUUAAAGGUAUUACUUGAUCCUAAAGAUAAAGAUAAGGACAUUGCUGAUAAACUUGAUGUUUUUGGUGCAGUUUACAAGAGACUAACUAAUAGAGAAGCUUUAUUCCAGUUUCCACCAACUAAUUGUUACCCUGGGAAACUUGGUCUUUAG